CGCAACUGAGUGAUGUUUUGGAUCUAACGCAUCCGGAAGCAACACGACUCGAUACAUUUCUCAACCGUACCGGCCACGGUCAACAUGACACCUGCAUCUCAACUCUCCAGGGCCGAUGUCUGCCUAUUUCUGCAACAGCUUGAAGCCAAUCCUGUCGACGUGACCAAAUGGAACCCCAUGAUGCGCUUUUCGCUACUUCGCGGUGGGCUCAUCGACUUCACAAUCUAUGGUCGUCGCGUAGGCUCAGCGCCCCGUUUUGCUUCGAUGGCUGUGUCUCAAAAGGCGCUCGCAUUCCUCGUCAAGCACCCUCGCGCACCAGCAAUCAACUUCACUUUCGAUGUACCCGCAGUACAGCUGCGAGGCGAAACUGGGCAGGUAAGACUCGUCACUGGGAAGGGCAAGAUGCGCGAAGCUCAGAUCAAGAUCCAUGAAGCCGCUCUUGUUACCAUCUCACAGUGGCUUACGGCCCUGUGUACACCCGCACUUGUGCCUCUUGCCAGAGCAAGCUUCGCGAUCGAGACAUGCAUCCGCUUCAUCUGCGUUCACACUCUACAUGCCCCAGAGUAUGUCCAGCACCUGACUGAUAAGUUCAUUAUGGACGCCGGUCAGCUUGCAAUGAGCUUGCAGCAGGUGACAGAACUUGUCAGGUCGUGCCGCAGGGACAAUGAUCGGUUGCUCAUUGGACUCGCGGAGAAGCUGGUUGGGAAGAAGCUCGACGGCCAACUCGCUGCUAAGCAACUGAACAUAUUCUUGUACAAGGCGGGCAACGAAUUAUUGAAGAAGAAGGUUGAGAUUCUCGAGAAAGAGAUGGGCUUCAUGAGUGGAAGAACGGGUUCGAAGGCGGCAUUGCAGUCCAGGACUGAGCAAGUUGCUUCCCCAGUCCCCACAGCGGCAACCCAUUCCGCAGGGCGGUUUCAUGAGAUCGAAGACCAUGAGAUAAUCGAGAUCGACACAGACGUGGUGAAAGUGGAUGCAGACGGGUGGCAAAUACCUCCUCGUACGAAACAGGAAGCGGCAGUCUUGAAGAGGCGGAAAUUGACGCACGACAAGGAUGGCAUGAAGUAAGAAAUGGUUGAGCUGAAGAUGGGAUCGACCAGUUCGAGGUGAAGGCGCUGCGGGCUGUGACCUGAACGUCGGAGUUGAUCUCUGAUCGUCAACCGAGAGUACUGUGCGGGUCUAGUACGGUUUGUCGAUGUCAAUCUCUGACGA